GUCCUGUGUCGCAGUAUUUGGUGUCUUGGUACAGUCGUUACCUUUAUUGAUCCACAACCUUGAAAUUUGGUGCAGUCUUCGUUUUUUUUUCGCAAAACGUUGAAGCAUCACACGGAAAAUAUUUAUAUUUAACAAGUAAGAAAUAAAAAGCACUGAUGCAGAACUACGAAUCUGGAGACUGCAGUUAUCUGCAAGACAAGGAACGUAGGCGGCAAGAUAGAUCAGAUGAUAUAACAUCACACAAGAAUCUCCAUGACUCGUUCAAUGAAAGUGACGAGUCCCAUGAUCGCUAUGAGCAAGCUCAAAUGGAUAAAGACACGAAGUAUCGUAAUGACUUGAAACAGCAGUGUCAGGAUAAUGCAGAGAUGAGACAUCAGAUACGUGUGGAGUCUUCGGCCAUGCAGCAAGUGAGACAAGAAAUUGGUGCAGUUAUGGCUGAUCAGAAUCAAAGAUACAUUGAGCAUCAGCAAGAACAAUCAGACCAGCUGCGUCAAGACAUCAUCUCGUUCAAGCAAGACUGCGCCGACUUUAAGGAUAUGCAGAGAGAGCUGAUCAACAUCGAGGAUCGGAGGAUUGACGGACAGCGCCACGAGACUUCAGAUAGAAGUGAUGCUGCUAUUGCUGAGCGAGAGAGAAAAAUCCAAGAAAAAGAUGACUAUGAUGACAAACUGGCUUCAGAAUACUAUGCUGAUGAGGAUGAGCGUCAAGACCGUGAACACGACUUGGACGUGAAGCACGAGCGUGAAUACCUCGAGAAGCAUCUCCGGGAUGACCAACGUAGGAAGGAUGAGCACGAUGAGGAGCAGCGGGACCUGAGGGACUGCCUGCUGCUGCAGAUUGAGGACAACAAGCAACACGUGCGCGACGAGAAGAAGCGGGACAUGGUGUUCAGCGAUGCGGCGAACGCUCUAAUGGCCCACAACGACGAAGUAGAGAAAGAACGUGCCCGCAAGAAGAAGGAAGUCAACGAUCAGUACUAUGAGGACCUGCGGCAGCAGAUUGAGGACAAUGCGGUCCGCAGGAAGCGGGAGAAGGAGGAAGACAGAAUGUAAUGGGAUGCUGGGAUAAGGAAAGAAGACUAACAUGAAUGCUUUUGGAAGACUUGUAAUUUAGGAGCUAUAUGUCGCUAUGUAGCGAAAUGAUAUGCAUUUGCACGUGCUUUUUAAUAUUAUUAAAAAUAAUAAAAUUAAUCUUCAAAAGACAGAUAUAGAAUGUUACAACCCUUUGAAAAUGUGUGGUCUAUAGAUAUUAGUUUCAGUGUGCGGUUUGGUCACGAUUUCUAAAUAUUGUGUGAUUUCUAGCCUAUAUUCCAAUAAAAAUUGAUCUCUUUUUGCGAUAGGAAAAAUGGAGAAACAAACGAACAAACUUCCGUAAUAAAUUAUAAUGCAUUAAAUGUCAGUAGAGAUAGCUUUGGCUGGCUUAUUGUCAGGUAUUUGUGUAUGGUAAUAAAAACUUAGCAAAGCUGGUUUAAAGACAAGGAAAGUGAAGUAAAUCAUUUAAAUUUUUACAUUAAUAUCAUAAAUGUUAACAUUCUAAUCGUUAAAAUUUUUAUGUCAAAACAUUUUAGAAUUUUUUUAAUAUGAUUAUAACUUUUAAUCUCAUAAAUUAUCACCAUUAUUUUUAACGUUUAUUUAAGAACUAAUCAUCAUAGCUUAGUUCCGUCCAGUGUGAACUAUUAAUAUUGGUAACUUCUCUUUAUAAGUUUUUUUUAAUUAUUAACUAAAAUAUACCACGUUUAUUUUCAUUUUAUUUCAAAUAUGUAGAAUCUUCAUCAGUUUUUGUUUCAUUUAUUUUCAAAUUACUGUGUAACGAACAAAAAUCAGAAAAAGUUGGUUAAUGUAUAAUAUAACAUACAUAUUAUGUUCUUAUUUGAAUGUAUAAAAUGCAUAUUAUGUGUUACAUAGUCAUUAUUUUAAUAUUGUAUAAGUAUUGUAAUAUCUAUGUACUGUCAAAGUGACAUUUCACGCAUAUGAAUUUUUAUAAAAUACAACAUAUUAUCAAUCAAGAAAAAUUUUGUUUUUAUCCCUUGAAUAAUUUUUUUUUUCAAUGUAUCUCGAUGAUGAUUUUUAUGUUACGUCAUUUGCACACAAUACCUAUGUAUCUACAAAUUAAUAAAUGCUUAAGAAAA